AUGAUGGCGUCCCCGUCUGGAGGCGAGGAUGGUGUACCUCGUGCGUUGCUGGAGCACGCGGUAGCUUGGUCGGCGACUAACGGCCUCGGUAUGGUGGUCAACGACGACAAGGGCCUCUUCACCAGCACGCACUUGCCCUUCAGUCUACUACCUUACGCUCUGCCCGCAGACUCCUACGAGCAAACCAAGGUCCUUGCUCCUUUGUUCAACACCCUGGUCGACAGGAUCAGCCGCGACGGGCCGUGGCUCAAGGAGGUCCUGAAAGAUGUUCUGGCCGGGGACGACUUCACCUCGGAGCUGGUGCGCAUCCACGAGACCAUCGAGGCGGAGGGAGGGCCACGGCAGCCGGUGUGCCUUGCAAUCAACCGGUCGGACUACAUGCUGCACGUUCCCGAGGACGGAGUGACAGCCCCACACUUGCUCCAGGUUGAGCUUAACACAAUCGCCUCUUCAUUCGGGUGCAUGAGCGCCCUCACCGCAAGGCUGCACCGCCACCUCCUCAGCCGCUUCGGCGACGAGCCCUCCAGCGCAGGGAAGGCCAUCAGAGACCACGCUGCCUCUGUCGGGAUCGACACAACUACUACCACGGCCGCCGGAGACGGUGGGCUGGGGGAGCUGAUCCCCCAGAACCCGACCCUGACGGCGCUGCCCAAGGCGCUAGCCGAGGCGCACAAGUGCUAUGGUAAGCCGGACGCGGUGGUGCUGUUCGUGGUGCAGCCCGGGGAGACGAACGCGGUGGACCAGAGGCUGUUGGAGAUGAACCUCUGGGACCAUCACGGCGUGCGCGUGGUGCGCAUGUCGCUCGCAGAGAUCGAAGCCAGCGGUGUCUUGGGCGAGGACGGGACGUUGACGGUCGACGGCGGCGCCGUCGAGAUAGCGGUGGUUUACUUCCGGGCGGGGUACGCUCCCAACGACUACUUCGGGCGGGCGGAGUGGGACGCUCGGUUGAAGCUGGAACGAUCGACGGCGAUCAAGAGCCCGAGCAUAGGGUACCACCUGGCCGGCACGAAGAAAGUGCAGCAAGUGCUGGCGCAGGAGGGGCAGGUGGAGCGGUUCCUCGGGGCAAGCGAGAGCGCCGCGGUUCGGCGCUGCUUCGCAGGCUUGUACUCGGUCGGGCCGGACGGCGACGCCGCCGCGACGGCGGACGCGGUGGCCCACCCGGACCGGUACGUGCUGAAGCCGCAGCGGGAGGGCGGGGGCAACAACCUCUACGGGCCGGAGCUCAAGAGCAAGCUGGACGCCGGCGGCGCCACGGACGACGAGCUGCGCAGCUUCGUCCUGAUGCAGCGGAUCUUCCCCAAGACGCAGCCCGCCGUUAUGGUGAACCGCGGGAAGUGUGUGUCCGGGGAUUCGAUCAGCGAGCUAGGGGUGUACGGCACGUACCUGGGCGGCGGGGAGGGCAAGGAGUUGCUGAACGAGUACGCGGGGUACUUGGUCAGGACCAAGAUGGAGGGCACAGACGAGGGUGGCGUGGCCACGGGGUACGCGGUGUUGAGCUCGCCCAUUGUCGGUGGACGAGGAAAGGCUAGUUGAUGUGGUUGUUCGUUAGACGUGCGUGGCGGUGGAGAAUGUUUGCUUCAUGGUUUGAGGUUCAGCUUGUUGUCGUGCGAAUUCGUGUAACGGUACUUUGGUUUUGUUUGUGCGUGCUGUAGUCUCCCAUCACACAGCAUGUCGCCGUGUAAAUGAUUGUCGUCCGCAUUGCUGCCAACGGGAAGUGAGAGAGGCGCUACAUUUAGUGGAUUGUUGUUGGUCAUGACGAGUUGAUGGGCAAGCCCAAUACGACUUGUUGAAGCAAUAGGAUGUUGAAAACGUGAGAGGCCGUUUGUUUUUAACUAGCCAGCUUUGAUGCCCCCCUCGCGCUGAAGUCUUCUGAUGUUAGUCACGGCAUGUUAGCCACGGCAUCCUUGCCAUAAAGCGAAACCGCCAAACACCGCGUCACUUAGUAGUGAAGAAUAUGCUCGCUCUUGUUUUGGGCAACCCUCGCAGCUUAUUAUAUCCUCGGAGCAGGAACCAACAGAGGAUGUAGGUUUCAGGUGUGGGCGUGGGGUGAGAGUUGUUAUCUCUUUUCAUUGUCUAAACCUUCAAGUUCGUAAUGAAGGGGUGGCGGCGCAUUCUGUGGUUGAAGCGUUCGUUCGAUGAUGACAAGCAUUAGCCGAUGUUUUCAUUGAGCAAAAAUGUGAGGUGCGUGGUAUUAUAGUAGGUGUGAUCAGAAAAUGAAAAAAUUGCGACCAUCAC